GUCUAGGAUUUCUUAAAGGGAACAAGCGAACAUUUGUCUCUGAAACGCCAAGUGACUUCAAUCCACAAUUUUCUUUUAUGUGAAUUUUCUUGAAACCUUGAGGGAAUGGAGGUUUGUCUAUGUGAACAUCCUUAUUUUGGUGCCUGAAAGAUAUUUUUCGGGGGAAUGCAGUCGGCAGCAGUGGAGAACAGUUGUGAUGGCACCUCUGGUGUGCCUGCUGGAUCAGUGGUGCAGGUAUGCUUCCCUAGUAUCCAGGCAUCUGUGCUAGACAGCCUUAACCGACAGCGUGAGGAUGGACAACUCUGUGACCUUGCCAUAAAUGUGCAGGGCCAGGUGUUCAAAGCCCAUCGUUGCGUGUUAGCUGCAUCCUCACCAUACUUUCAUGACCAGGUGCUACUGAAAAACAUGUCCACAGUAUCCAUCCCAGCUGUUAUGGACCCACUGGCUUUUGAGAGUGUCCUUAGAUGUGCAUACACAGGCCAGCUGCGAAUGCUACGUGAAGACAUUGUUAACUACCUCACAGUUGGGAGCGUGUUACAGAUGUGGCACAUUGUGGACAAAUGUACAGAACUACUCAAAGAGAGCAAAGGAGGGUCUAGUGGUCCACGGGGGACCGAUAUUGCCCCAGAGAACACUGGAUGCAGCAGCAGUGCUAACAAGGAUGUCUAUGGAGAUGGAGGAGAUACUCAGUCUAUAGUUCAUCCUCCUAACCGUCCCUCCCUAAGUGAGAGUCAGUCUCCCAGCAGCACAAAUUACUUCAGUCCCAAAGAUGCUAGUUUUAGUGGAGCCAUGGCAACUAUGGGAGGCAUGCAUUCCACUCCUAACUACUGCAUGCCAUCCAGUAGAGAGGAGGCAUUACUAAUUGAGGAGGAGGAUGACGAAGAAGAUGAUGAUGAUGAUGAGCUUUUGUACCCAAGAAAACGUGGACGGGGGACCAGCAGGAGGAAGAAGUCCACACCUUCCUCAGAUCAAGAGGUGGGAGUAAGUGACAGUUUUGGGGUUUCAUCCUACCAAGAUGGAGAGGCUUCACCUCGGCCAAAGCGUCCUACAUAUAGCCAACCAAGCAUAAUGCCUCGGAAGCAGUGGGUGGUGGUAAAGACUGAGCAUUCCAGGGAUGAUGACCUCAUUGUGGUUUCGGGUGAAGAAGGGGGUGACGAUGAAGAGGAGAGGGAGUUGGAGAUUGCCAAGGAGAGAGAAAGGGAGAGGACAUUUAAUAUUUCUAAUGUUAGGACCCUCUCUGCAGACCUUGGUAGUAGGGAAGAAAUGGAAACACAGGUUGACUACUGCCAGUCCUCUGAAGACUACCUCAAGUUUGAAAGCAGUUUAAUGGACCAGGGAUCAUCACAGCACUCUCUUGGAAACCCCAGCCAGACUAGCAGUCGGGCAGUUUCUGCCUUACUUGGCUCUGUUCAGUCAGCUGCUGCCAGAGCCCAGCUCUUCCCACUGGACAUGCAGGGGAACCAGAUACUUUUAUACAACCAGGCUCCUCUAGAUUCUUCUCCACCAAUAGGAGUUUCAGGAAGUCUGUCUGGAGUGUCUUCAAAGGGAAGUAUAGAGCAUGGAGCAGCCCACCUAUCUGUGCAGGGUGGAAUAGACAGUGGAUUAGAGAGUUUAGAUGGUAAUGGGACUGGCACCUCAGGCAAGGUCUUCAUGUGUCAUUGUGGAAAGAAAUUUACCCACAAGAGCAUGCGAGACCGACACAUCAACAUGCACCUGGAUCUGCGCCCUUUCCACUGUCCAGUCUGUGCCAAGAAGUUCAAGAUGAAGCACCACCUCACAGAGCACAUGAAGACACACACAGGUUUGAAGCCCUAUGACUGCCAUGGCUGUGGGAAGAAGUUUAUGUGGCGUGACAGCUUCAUGAGGCACCGCUCGCACUGUGAGAGGCGCGGAGGCAUCAGUGGAACUAGCGAGGCACGAGGAUCAGAAGGGUCAGUCAUCUCGCCUCCCCAUCUCCUUCAGCAUGCAUCUUCAGGCAGUGAAGGUACCCAAGGAAGUAUUGAUGAUAGGAGUGGAAUCUCAGUCUUAUCUCCACAUCACUCUAGUAGCAGUAAUGGAGUUCCUUGUUUGACUAUGGCAGUCCCUGGUCCUCUUUUAGGAAUAAAUACCCAAAGUGGGAUGUAUGGUCUCAGCUCUGGUGUUCUUGGCUUGGGGGUAAGUCGUGAUGGAUGUGGGGAAGAGGUUAGUGAGGUUAGUGUUGGUGAAAGCAGUGUCACUUAAUUUUUUGUUAGAGGGUACUUAGUGAUAUCUAGCAUUCUUAAUCAUUCAAAAGGGUAUGUAUGUAUCUUGUAAUUCUCAAGUAAUUAAAGAACCUAACUUGUACAGUUGUUCUAUUCUCCUAACAAUUUGUGUAUCAUUAUGCAUGUCCUUUGAUGAGAUAGAAACAGUCCGUAUCAAGUGAUCGUUUAUCUAUUAAGUUCACAAAGUAUAAGAUAUAAAAUUAGGCUGCUAUGGUAACUGCCAGAAUUCCGAGUUACAUUCUGAUCUGGGAGAUACCAGCCACUGUCACACACAAUCUGCCUCAAUAACACAGUAUGUUUGUCUACUGUAAUUUCAAAGUGCCAUACUUUACAGUAGCUAGAAUUGAUUUUUUUUUUCUCUACUUUCUCUUUAAAGUUUGCCUGAGCAAUGAUAAUCAAUUGCUGUAAUGUAGGAAUGUGUAAUCUCUGUGGUUAUAGCUAUAAAUUAGUUAAUUCUUUGUAGUCUGUAUUUAUUCACCAAGCACAGAGUUACUGGGCUCCAUUCUUUUCUUUCCCUUCCCUCCCUGAGGGGCCUGGUUAUGAAUAUAAAAAAAUAAAUAUAGUAAAGGUAAUCUCUUUUCCAAAGCCACUUCUGCAACCCGUGAUCUUCGUUGAGCCAGGUAACGAUAAAAUCAGUUUGACUACUGGUAAAGUUAACAUAAUCCUGCUCAAUAAAGCAUAACAGCUAAUAGUGCAAUCUAUGCAAUAUUGCAAAUCAUUAUAAUAACUAAAUCAUUGCAGUUAACUAAAAGGUUAUCAGUAGGUGAGCAGUUGCUCUACACUAGAUUUGUUUCUUGUAAGGUGAUUACAAACUAAGCUGGUGGAGUUGAUCUUUUAGCCCCUGCCUUUAAGUGGCCAAGGCACAGGGCACUGUUUUUGACUGAGUUCUGUUAAAAAGUAGUCUGAUUAUGUAAAUUCAAAGCAGCUUGUAAGGAGGUAGAAACAACCCUCAAAGAGUAUAUUCUGAUAGUAGAGUCAGGCUGUUUGUAGUGUCUAUCUGUAAAUGGCAGCCUAAUUUAUGAUGCAUGAUGAUUGUAUGAAUUUCAGAUGGAACAGGAGGGUAAUGCCUACAGUUAUCAACACAAUCUGUUAUGUACACCAACCUUAAGAGCUGUAUACACUGUUGUGUAUAUUAUUAAUUUCAUGAUCAUGUUAAUUAAAGCAUUGUUUGCUAAAUAUUAGCUAGUGAAAAGUAAGUUAAACAUCUUGUUUUUAUUCUCAUGCAAUCAAAGGGCUGCCUUCUGUGAAGGCUCUAGAAAUGAAUUGCCAUGUUUUGAAAUGGACCUCUAGAGCUUUAAUGGUUGUAGGAAUGGGCAGCAAAUUAUGGUUUCCAGAAAAUGGUUCCCAAAUUAUGGUUGUUCAGAAACAAUUUUUUAAAAUAAAAAAGCUCAGCCUAUAGAUAUAAAACUAUUUUCCAUGUUUGAUUAGAUUUUUUUAACCAGUGUGGAUUAAGUGGACCAAGACCUCUUGUACAUUAGACAUCAGUUAAACAUGGACGAAAUAAUUUUUUUGUAUCCAGACUUAUGCAAAAUGGAGACAAGGGAUUGAUUUUUAUAAAGGGUUUUCUUUCUUUCUUUUUAAAGAGGAUAUCCCAUGGAUCCUUGAACUGGAAUGGGAAAAGUCACAUGGAAAUACAUUAUACGGCCAAAAGUAUGCGGAUACGUGAUCA